AUGUGCUUGGGGAAGAAAGGGAAGUUAUCACCACGUUUUGUCAGUCCUUUUAUGAUUACGGAUCGCAUUGAAACGGUGGCUUAUCGCUUAGCACUUUCAGACAAUUUAGAUCGUGUCCACAAUGUGUUCUAUGUUUCCAUGUUGCGGAAAUUUCUUCGCGAUGAAGAUCGUUAUCAGCAUAUUGAUGUUGGUAAGAUUGAAUUGCAGUCGGAUACAACCUAUGUGGAACCACCAUGUCGUAUUAUCGACCGUAGGGAUCAGAUUCUUCAUAAUAAGGUCAUUCCUUUGGUACGUGUCCCAUGGAGUCACCACAAUGAGGUUGAAUUUACUUGCGAACGGGAAGAUGUCAUUCACUCAACUUUUCCAUACAUAAUGAAUGAAGGUAAGGGCGAAUUCCGAGGAUGA